AUGGAUCCUCUCUACGCUAACUCUACCGGGUUUGUCCACUCUCCCGGUUUUGUUAACCUCUCAUCUUCACAGAACACUCAAACAAUAGACGUAGAGUCUUCUCAGUUCCCUAGCUUUAGUAGUCAGAGCUCUGUAGGUCCUAAGCCACUGGAAAGGCGGAAGUGGACGACAAAAGAAGACUUGGUGCUGAUCAGUGCUUGGUUGAACACCAGCAAGGAUCCGAUUGUCGGUAAUGAGCAGAAGGCAGGGGCGUUUUGGAAGAGAAUAGAGGACUACGUUAACGCCAGCCCUCUGCUCAUUGGCUGUCCUCCUAGAGAGUCUAGUCAGUGUAAGCAAAGGUGGGGGAGAGUGAACGACUCGAUGGGGAAGUUUGUAGGAUCCUUUGAGGCCGCUUCGAAGAACCAAGCCAGUGGCCAAAACGAGAAUGAUGUAAUGAAGGUUGCGCAUGAAAUCUACACUAAUGACCAUGGGGCAUUGUUCAUUCUAGAACAUUGUUGGAGGGAACUCAGGUUCGAUCAAAAAUGGAGAUCACAGCACCUGUCCAAAGAUGGAGCAAAGGACAAAGGCAAGGAAUCUGCGGACAAGAGAAAGGAUAAAGCGGAGGUGGUGGUCGACGAUGAUGAGGUGCGGCCUCCUGGUGUUAAGGCUAGCAAAGCAGCGAAACGGAGGAAGCACGGGAAUGAAGUAGCUUUUGAUCAAAUAAACGACAUCCUAGCUGUGAAAAAUGACAUUUCGAAAAAGAAAAUCCUUAGCCGUCUCCUAGCCAAACCAGAAGACACACUAUCUGAUAUUGAAGUCUCUCUUAAGAACAAACUCAUGACCGAAAUGCUUUGA